AGGAAAUCAGAUCAAAUAUGCAGAGAGCUUUGCAGAAUAAAUUUCAAGGCAAGGCAUCGGAACCACAAUCUAUUCAGUAUGAUAUCAAGGUGUUGUCUGAAAUAUUCGAAAAGGAAAUAAGACAACUUGAGGAAGAAAACAAAAGGUAUGCAAUUAAAUUAGCAGCUUAUGAUGCAGAAAAUGAAAAAGAAAAAAAAGAAUGUGAAGCGUUAAAGCGAGAGAUCUUAAAGAAAAAUGUCGAAAUACAAGAAGUCAAAUCGGAGCAUUCUACAAACACUGGGAAAUAUGGUACACUAAAAGGCGAGGCCAAAAAGGAAGUGCAAAGAUUGAGAAAAGAAAUGGAAGAACUGAGACAUAAACUGGGACAUGUGAAUGAAGAGAAGAAUUACUGGGUCAGAAGAAUAAGCGAAAUUGCGGGAGCUAAAAUGACAGACGGUAACGCCCAAAUCACAGAUCUAAGUGAUCCAAACCGCCCAAUCAAAUUGGCGGAAAGGUUUGGGGAACUGUAUGAUGCAUGUUGGACUGAUGUACUGGAGGAAUUCAUGAUCCACCACAGCAAAGGUACAACCGCAGAGGAAAAGAAGGCCAUCGAGGGUUUAAAGACUUUAUUAGAGGAUUGUCAUGAUGCCUGUUCUACACUGUCCAGAAGCCUAGCCGAGAACACCAGAAAAGCGCUGAUGCUUCAGGAAGAGCACAUCACUCCAGCACUAAGUCAUGAAAUCAACAGUCUCAGAAAACUGGCGUCACAGAAAAAUAUAGGGAACAUUAAAAAAAUAUGUAAAGAAGAAGUCAUGAGCAAAAGUACCUCCUGUGUUAAACAGUUAAAAUCUGCCGACUUUUUCAUCGACGAAUGCAUCGAUGUGUGUUGGUUUAUGGUGAUACAGGAUCCGCCCCUGGUUUUUUACUAUCCCGAGGAAACAGAGGGACAAGAGUUUAAUACAAAACGAUUUCAGUUUUACACUAGAUCAGGGACCAAGCUUGAAUAUGUUGUGUGGCCCGCAUUACUGUUAAAUAAAGGCGGUAACCUAUUAAGGAAAGGAAUCGCUGAACCAGUUGAAGAGAAGAAGAAGAAGGGGAAACUAAAAGAUGCUUAAAUAUAGGAAACUCCUUCUCACCGCACUACAGUAUACUUGUUUACUUCUGCAGUGAAAGCACUAAUACUUCUUAUUAUUAGAUUUUUUUCUAUGAAAUGCAUUUU